UAAUAAGUAGAAAGAAAAAUAAUAAUGCUGCUCUUUUGAUAGCUGAGAAAAUGUAGGAAAAACAGAGAUCUUCCUUUUUUCCCCAGAUUUUUGUUCUCUUAGUAUCUAGUCUGCUGAUUAACGCGCAACCCAUAUGAGUCAGUCAAACUGACCUUUUCAUUUCGGAGAGAAAUCAACAAAAUUUCAAUCAAUGCUCUCUAGAAUUUUUGCGUUCUUCUGUUUAGCUUAAGUGUUCUAUCUCCAACCAAUUUAGGUGUUCAUUUCUCAGCCCAAAACUGCACUGGUGUGAAACUCUGAAAGAUUACUGAUGUAGUGGUAGAAAUCUCAGAGAUACAAGACAACCACGCCUUGCAUGGUUGACUAGAUGGAGGAAAAUAGAUUUUUUAGGGUUUGUAAUGAUGCGGGGUUGCUAGAUCUCAAUUCUUGCAUUUUAAAUUUCAGUAUUGUAUACCAAGUUCAACAUAAUUAUCAUAUUACUCUACUGGUUCACACCAUCUUCCAUUGCUACUAGAGAUGUCAGAGAAGAAAAUUUAUGGUUCACGCUCAUCCGAUUUGUAACCAGAAUAAAUUUUUACGACACUCAAUUCAUUCUGGUUAGCAAUAAGUAAGUUACUAUUGGUGGCACUAGUGUGCUCCUCAGCCUGGUUCUGCUUUGGCGAGUUUAUGGUUAAGCAUAAAGGACCAUGAGCGCAAGGAGCGCCUAGAAAAUUCAUCACCAAAAAUCCGAGUAACACAUGCAGUUUUUCCUCGCUGAAUAUUCUCAAUCUACUGGUAAAUACUUUUAGUUAUAAUUCCUAUCUUCUCACACUUUUGUGGUGAUUUUCAUUGCUCAUCAGGAGACAUUACACGGCGCGUGUGUACAGCAGCAGAAAUGAAAUUUUACUUGAAUAGUUUCUUCGAAAAUCCGGGAAGUGAAAAUUACUUGAAACCUAAUAAGAACUGUAAUUUAACUUCAUGGGUUUCUGGUUGUGAACCAGGAUGGGCUUGUAGUGUUAAUUCAAAUCAGCAGGUUAAUCUUAACGAUGCAAAGGUCAUCCCUGCAAGAACUCUGAACUGCCAGGCUUGUUGUGAGGGUUUCUUCUGUCCUGAUGGUAUUACAUGCAUGAUACCGUGCCCGCUAGGUUCAUAUUGUCCCCUUGCUAAGCUCAACAAAACCACUGGUGUUUGUGAACCAUAUCUAUACCAACUACCUCCUGGGCAACCAAACCAUACUUGUGGAGGAGCAAAUAUUUGGGCUGAUGUUGGUAGUAGCAGUGAGUUAUUCUGUUCAGCAGGAUCAUUUUGUCCAACUACCACCAGAAGAAAUACUUGCAGUAGUGGAAAUUACUGCAGGAUGGGUUCUACAUCCGAGAAAAGCUGCUUCAAGUUGUCUUCAUGCAAUCCAAACUCUGCGAAACAAAACAUGCAAGCAUAUGGAAUUAUGCUUUUGGCUGCUUUAAGUACUCUGCUACUCAUCAUUUACAACUGUUCUGACCAAGUUCUAACCACUAGGGAAAGGAGGCUGGCCAAAUCCAGAGAAGCAGCAGCCAGAAGUGCAAGGGAGACAGCAACGGCACGCCAGAAGUGGAAAACAGCAAAAGAUGCUGCUAAAAAGCAUGCAAGUGGCUUGCAAGCUCAUCUAUCACGCACUUUUUCUCGUAAAAAAGAUUUUACACAUCCUGAGAAACUUAAGAUUUUGGAUCAAGUCAAAUCAGAUGAUGAUCCAAUACAGCAUCCAAGUACUUCAGGCUCGGUCGCAUUUCUGUCUUCAAGAGUGACAUCAGUAGAGAAGAAAACAGAACCCAGCGACCUCUUGCGGAUAAUGCAAGAAAUUGAAGAUGACCCUGAUGGCUGUCAAGGUUUCAAUGUUGGAACAGGAGAUAAGAAUAUGAACAUACCUGUGCCAAAGGGAAAACAAACCCAUACCCAAAUUUUUAGUUAUGCAUAUUCUCAACUCGAGAAAGAGAAAGCUCAACAGGAAGAUAAUGAGAAACUUACCUUCUCAGGAAUAGUAAAACUAGCUACCAAUGCUGAAAUUAGGAAAAGGCCUCUACUUGAGAUUUCUUUCAAAAACCUGACUCUUACCUUGAAAGCAAAAAACAAGCAUUUAUUGAGGUGUGUUACUGGGGAAAUAAAGCCUGGCCGCAUUACUGCUGUCAUGGGUCCAUCUGGGGCUGGAAAAACAACAUUUCUCUCUGCUGUGGCGGGAAAGGCAAUUGGAUGCAAAAUGACUGGUUUAAUUCUUAUAAAUGGAAAGAAUGAGUCAAUCCACUCAUAUAAGAAAAUUGUCGGUUUUGUGCCACAAGAUGACGUUGUGCAUGGAAAUUUGACGGUGGAAGAGAAUCUCUGGUUCAGUGCAAAGUGCAGACUAUCAACCGACUUGUCAGAACGGGACAAAGUUCUAGUUGUUGAAAGAGUUAUUGAGUUCUUGGGGCUUCAGACAGUGCGGUCAUCGUUGGUUGGAACAGUGGAAAAACGAGGAAUAUCUGGAGGCCAGCGGAAGCGAGUAAAUGUGGGAUUGGAAAUGGUAAUGGAACCUUCACUUUUGAUCUUAGAUGAACCAACAUCUGGUUUGGACAGUGCGUCGUCUCUGCAACUUCUUAGAGCACUUCGACGUGAAGCUCUUGAAGGGGUAAACAUCUGCAUGGUGGUUCACCAACCAAGCUACGCCUUGUUCAAGAUGUUUGAUGAUUUGAUACUUCUAGCAAAAGGUGGUCUUACCGUCUAUCAAGGACCAGUGAAGAAAGUCGAAGAAUAUUUUACUGGCCUUGGGAUCAAUAUCCCAGAGCGUGUGAAUCCUCCAGAUCACUUUAUUGACAUUUUGGAGGGUAUAGUGGUACCCGCAGGCAGCUCAAGAGUGAGCUAUAAAGAUCUUCCAGUCAGAUGGAUGCUUCAUAAUUUAUACUCAGUACCCCUUGAUAUGCAGCAGAAUAACGCUGCACUUUCUAGGUCUUCUAUGGAUGUAAUUCCAGCUAAUGAAACAAAUCCUUCUGGUGCUGGAAUGGAGGAUCAUUCUUUUGCCAGAGAGAUAUGGCAAGGUAUGAAAAGUAAUGUGGUGCUGCAGCGGGAUAAAUUGCACCUCAAUUUUUUGAGGUCCAAGGACUUAACAAAUCGAAGGACUCCUGGUGCAUUCCAACAAUACAGAUACUUCCUUGGGAGGGUUGGUAAGCAGCGACUACGGGAAGCUAGAAUACUAGCAAUGGAUUAUCUGAUCUUAUUACUUGCAGGAGCUUGCUUAGGAUCACUUGUUAAAGUGAAAGAUCAGUCCUUUGGUGCAGAUGCUUAUACCUAUACCAUUAUUGCAGUUUCUCUUCUAUGCAAAAUUGCGGCUUUGAGAUCAUUUUCUCUGGAUAAAUUACACUACUGGAGGGAGAGUGCUUCUGGGAUCAGUAGCUUGGCUUAUUUCCUCUCUAAGGAUACGAUUGACCAUUUUAAUACAGUGAUCAAGCCCGCAGUAUAUCUCUCUAUGUUCUAUUUUUUCACAAAUCCAAGAUCUAGCUUUGCAGAUAAUUACAUUGUUUUGUUCUGCCUAGUGUACUGUGUAACUGGUAUAGCCUAUUCAUUGGCCAUUGUUUUCGAACCUGGUACAGCCCAGCUGUGUUCUGUUCUUCUUCCAGUUGUUUUAACUCUCAUUGCAACACAGCCGAAAGAUAGUGAAUUUAUGAAGAUUUUAGCUAAUCUGUGCUACCCUAAGUGGGCUUUGGAAGCAUUUGUCACUGCAAAUGCCGAAAGGUAUUAUGGAGUGUGGCUGAUAACUCGUUGUGGUUCUCUUCUGAAAAGCGGCUAUAACGUUCAUGAUUGGCAUCUUUGUAUAGCAAUCCUCGUAUCCAUUGGUUUAGUUUGUCGUGUGAUAGCAUUUAUUUGUAUGUUGAUCUUCCAGAAGAAGUGAUAUCGGACUCAUUACCACUUUUUCCCGUAUUACUUGCACAUAUACAGCCAAUACAUACUGCUUUGUGAGGAUUGUAUCCCAAAAUGAGAGAGACUGGAAAACUUGGUUUCGUCUGCUGUCUUAUAUAGGCGGAGGGAAUCAUCUGAAAGGCUUUUGACAAAAUAGUUCGAGCCUUGAAGAAUCCAAGAUGGCUCCAUAAUACGUUUAGCUUU